CAAUCGCGCGCCGACUUCCGCCUUGGCGGUGGGGAGCGGGCGGCCUGUUUUCGUGUGGGUCGGGCGAAGGCCCGAGAUGGAGCCGGAGGCCCCCGAGCCCCUUCCCCUUCCCCGGCAGACCCUGGGCGACCUCCUCCGGACCCUCUACGAGAUGGGCUUCAGCGAGGGGCAGGUCCAGGACGCCCUCCGCGCAGGAUGCCUCAGCGCCCCCGAGGCCGCAGAGUGGUUGCUCCAGGAGCGGGGGGACCGGGGGCAGCUGCCCGCCCUCAUCCUGCCCCAGCAGCAGCAGCGUGGCAGGGCUCCCGGGGGACCCCCGGACCAAAGGGCCAUGGACGCCUUCAACCCGCCCAGGAAGCCCCCCGAAGCCCCCUCGGGGCCACCUGCUCCCCGACUGAGCCUCAGCUCAACAGGGCCCAGACCGGACGCAGCCACGCAGGAGCCUCUUCAAGGCAGAGCGAGAGCCGAGGACCAGGCGCUUCUGGCUGAGAAGCAGCAUCGGGAGCAGCUGGCGGAGCAGCUGAGGGCCGAGAAGAGGAGCAAGAGGAAGGAACACGAACUGGUCUUGCGGAGGAUAGCCGAUGACCGGCGGCAUGUCCAGGUGAAGGCGCAGCUGAGCCAAGCAGCCCCCUCCGCCCCCGGAUCGCUGUCGGAGAAUGGAGCGCAGCAGCAGGAGCAGCCCCCGGCCCCUUCCUCCGGGGAUGGGCAGUGCCUCCUAAUGGUCCGCCUCCCUUCGGGGUCCUGCGUCCGCCACCGCCUCCCGGCCGACUGCCCCCUGGAGACCCUCCUGCGGCGCCUCCUGCGGGAGCACCCGGGCCUCUCCCCCUCGGCCUCCCUCCUCCAGACCUUCCCCAAGCGGCACUUUGGCCCCGCCGACCUCCCCUCCUCCCUCCAGGCCUUGGGCCUGACCCCCAGCGCCACCCUCUGCCUCCUGGAGCCCCCCUCCCCCGGAAGCCCCCCUACGGACCCCCGGGCGCCCCCGCAGGAGGGGGAGGGAGGGGCGCUCUGCCCAGCGGGGAGGACGGCCCUGGUCCUUCGUGGCCCCUCCGUGCUCCUGCCACCACCACCACCACCACAAGAGGAAAUCCCAGAAGCCCCGGACGUGUCUGCUGCUGCUGACCACCAUCGCUGGGGCCGAGGCCAGAAGCUGGACGCCUCAGAGGAGCCCAUGGAUCAGGGCCCUUUGGAGCGCAACGCCGAGGAGGAGGAGGAGGAGGAGGAGCCGGAGGCGGCGGAGCAGGAGCAGGACCUGCUGCCAGGUCUCCCACCAGCGCUGGAACUUGGCCAAAGGGGAGCAGCAGGCUCUGGCCACCACUGGCCCACAGCAGGCAACCGGCUGAGGGCUGCCGAUGAGGGAGGGGCCGGAUCUCCGUCCUUGCCUUUGGCUGUUGCCCAGGCUGCGGAACAGCGCCUCCAGCAGGCGGCCAUUCAGGGGGCCGAGGAGGAAGACGAGGAGGGCGAGGGGAAGGCGAAGAGGGGCCUCCCCGGGGCCACCACCCCCCCAGGCCGCCCCACGGUGCCAUCCCUGGUCCAGCUCUCCCUGCAGGGGACUGUGGCCCUGCUGACAGCCCCCCGCAAGCAGUACUGCCGCAGCCUCUCUGCGCUGACCCCGGUCCUGGCGGAGCAGCUCCUGGCGCACCUGGCCCAGAGGGCGCUGCUGAGCCCCCGCUCCCUGCGGCUCUUCUUCGGCUGCCCGCUGCAGCGCCUGCGCCUGGACUGCUACCCCCUGGCCACCAACGCCCUCCUGCAACAGCUGCGCGCCUUCCCCGGCCUCCGGCUCCUCAGCCUCGUCUCCUGCGCCGUCAUCACCGACCAAGGCCUGUCCACCCUGCCGCACCUGACCCACCUCCAGCACCUCAACCUCUCCGCCUGCGUCAAGCUCACAGACAACUGCCUCCAGUUCCUCAAAGGCUUGACACACCUGUCUCACCUGGCGCUGGACCAGACGCGGGUCUCGGACCAAGGCCUGGCGGAGUUCCUGUCCUGGGCGCCCCCCUCCCUGACCCACCUGAGCCUGAACCGGACGGGGGUCACGGAGCUCACCUUGGCCUUGCUGCCCCUCCACGCCCCCCAGCUCUGCGUCCUCAGCCUCAAGGAGACGGGCAUCACGGACGUUUCGGCAUUGCAGCAUUUGGGGGCCCUGCAGGCGCUGCACCUGGACGGGACCCCCGUGAGUGAGGCCUCCCUCGGGGCCCUCUCCGCGCACCCCUCCCUCUCCAGCCUGACCCUCCAUGGAGUCCAGUCGGUGGACGGAAACCGGGCCCUGGAGCUCAUCUCAGGCCUCCCCCUGGCGCACCUGGCGCUGCCCUCGCGGCACACGGUCACGGACGAAGGGAUGGCCGCCCUCUGCCGCCUCUCUGGCCUCCUGGAGCUGGACCUCACGGACUAUGCCCACAUCUCCGACGCAGGGCUCCAGCAUCUGCCCCAGAUGAGCAGGCUGCGGCGCCUCUCCCUCUGCAACACGCAGGUGACGGACGUGGGCCUGAGGCAGGUGGGGUCCCUCUGGGGCCUGGAGGAGCUGGCCCUGGACCGCCUGAGGGUCUCCAGCGCAGGGGUGGCGCGCUGCAUCGUACGCCUGCCCCACCUGCAGGUGCUGAGCCUGGCCAGUGCGCCUGUCGGGGACUCUGUGGCCAGGAGGGGCCUUGCCCACUGCAAGCAGCUUCUCAAGGUCAACCUCAGCCGGACGCGCCUCUCCGACCGAGGCCUGCGCUUCCUCCGCCAGCUGCCCCUGGUCCAGCUGAACCUGGAUGGCUCCGGAGUGACCGCCGCUGGGGUGGCCGCCCUCCAGGCCUCCUGCCCCUCCCUGGCCAGCGUCCGGGCCGGCCACCUGCGCCCCUUGGCCCCCGAGGAGGUCUCCGAAGAGGAGGAGGGAGAGGGGCCCGGAUAGACCCUGACGGACGGCUUCCUGGCUGCUUCUCUCUCCCGAUGGCCCCGGGGUCCUCUUUGCGCAGAGCCUGCUUUGGGGCUGCUUCGGCCCCUGCUUGGGACGCUUCCUUCUGCGGUGCGGAGGAAGCCCCCUCCCUGCUGGGCUUCCCUGUGCUCCCAAGUGCAGGGGGCUUGGCAGGGGCUUGAGGAGGAGGAGCCCCUUAUCAGAGGGACAGAGGCGGCAGUGUGGCCUGAGAAGCACGAUGGGGAGCAGAGUGGGGCGAGGGGGGGGGAGGUCGAAUAGGGGGCUGGGAGACCCCGAUGCCUGCUUGUGGUGUGUGCCUUAAUCUUUCCCAAUAAAAAAAGCAAGACAGGCUCCGCCUGGCCCCCCG